AUGUCAGUCCCGGACACCUUCGGUUUGCAGUUGGCCAAGUAUACUAACGUCGCUGCAUCAGCAAUCCUAAUUUAUGACUACUUUGUCACCUUACACUCCGAAGUCCAAUGGACCUGGGGGCGGAAGUGGGGAAUAGUUCGGACCGCCUUCACAAUUUCACGAUAUGCACCUUUUGCUGGUGCGCUUAUGACCUCGUACUCCGCUAUCAAGACAUGGGGCACGCAAGAUUGCAUACCUUUUAAUGACGCUGUAAAUGGCAUACAUUUCUUGGGGAUCAUUGCCGCGGAAGGUUGGCUUUCGCAUACUAUGGUCUACGCCUUCUCUGGCAAUAAAAAGGCUUAUCUUAUCUUUCUUCUCUCCUUUGGUUUGGUUAUCUUGCUGGGGUCUGUGGUUCUAAGUGCUGCCCCCAUCAAUCUGGAUAUCCCGGGCCCAGUCACCCCGCCUUGUGCUUUUGUGGGGUCUCUUAGAAUUAGUAGUGCCCUCCCUUAUGGACUCUUGAUGUUCUUCGAGAUAGUUCUCAUGUCCAUCACCGUAUUUUUGAGAUAUCGACACUAUCUGGGUUCUCACAGUAGUGCGCUGGUGAAGAGCAUCUAUCGUGAUGGACUGCUCUACAUGAUCUGCAUCAUGAUGAUAUCUACACUCAAUAUGAUCGUUACCGUUGUGUUGCCUCUCUCGGACACCGAGAUUCUAAACACACCUCAGAUUGUUGCGCACAGUGUUCUUGCUUCUCGAAUAUUAUUCAAUCUUCAAAUGAGCAGGGAGAAACCACACUUGCUCACUGACCAAUCGACGAAUUCAGUGGAAUUACUAUCCCGUUCACAUGAGUUCCAAGCGCGGCCUGGAGGCGGUGUGACAGCUGUCGAGCCAGAUGAAGCCUAG